AUGGGCUGCCUGGGGUGGAUCAAGAAGCGACGAAGCUCCCGCAGCGGCCGGCGGGGCUCCUCGGCCCCGCCGACCACGACCACGACCACGACGACCAUGACGACGGCGUCGGCCGUGAGCACGAGCCGCUCCGACGACUCCUCGGGCCCGGCGGGGCGGCGGGCGAGCAAGUCCACGGGGUCGGCCUCCUCGCACAAGUCCACGGGGUCGGCCUCCUCGCAGUCGCAGCCCAGCAUCUCCUCGCUCUACGAGGAGCGGGGCCACGCCCAGCUGCGCGCCUUCGACUACGACGACCUCCGCAGCGCCACCAGCGACUUCGGCCGCGCGCAGAAGCUCGGCGAGGGCGGCUUCGGCGGCGUCUACAAGGGCUUCGUCCGCCCGCUCGCCGACGCCGACGGCAACGGCAAGGGCGACAGCCGCGUCGCCGUCGCCGUCAAGCGGCUCAACCAGCGCGGCCUCCAGGGACAUAAGCAGUGGUUGGCCGAAGUGCAGUUCCUUGGUGUUCUUGAGCACCCAAAUCUUGUAAAGCUUCUUGGAUAUUGUGCUGUUGAUGGUGAAAGGGGGCCCCAAAGAUUAUUGGUCUACGAGUUUAUGCCCAAUAAAAGCUUGGAAGAUCACUUGUUCAGCCGAAUUCACACUCCUCUCUCAUGGAAUAGAAGGCUUCAGAUAAUCUUGGGUGCUGCAGAAGGAUUGGCUUACCUGCAUGAAGGAUUAGAACUUCAGGUAAUCUACCGGGACUUCAAAGCGUCGAAUGUUCUGCUGGACAAGGACUUCCAAGCGAAGCUAUCAGACUUCGGGCUAGCGAGAGAGGGGCCAACGGAAGGCAACACCCAUGUCUCAACUGCGGUUGUGGGGACACACGGGUAUGCUGCGCCGGACUACAUCGAGACAGGCCACCUGACGGCAAAGAGUGAUGUAUGGAGCUUUGGGGUGGUGUUAUACGAGAUCCUGACAGGGCGGCGGUCGCUUGAUAGGAACCGGCCGCAGGGUGAACAGAAGUUGCUGGAGUGGGUGGGACAAUUCCCGCCAGACAGCCGCAACUUCCGCAUGAUCAUGGACCCCAAGCUCCGCGGCGAGUACUCCUCGAAGGCGGCCCGGGAGAUCGCCAAGCUUGCCCAGAGCUGCCUCCUCAAGAACCCCAAGGAGCGUCCCGCCAUGAGCGAGGUCGUCGAGGUGCUCAGGCGAGCCGUGCAGGCCGAGCUAACCUCUGGGGACAAGGCACCCAGCACAGGCAACGGGAAGAGGAUCGACGUGACACCUCCAUCAAAGAGGUGACCGAGAAGUGAGUCGAGGAGAGCUCAUGCUCCCUCCCUUUAGGUGAGGUUUACAUAUAGUUGUGCGAACCACAAUAGUUUAGAUGAUUUGACUUGGCGGAUUGUUGAUAGUGUUUUUCCCUUUUCUUUGAGGCUCAUUUUGAAUGAAGAAUCCGUUACCAUCGAAUCUAAAUUUACCACUCCCUCCAUUUCAAAA